GCUCAUAUCUGAUUAAAAUUUUUAAAAAUAAAAUAAAAUAAGUGCAUGGAACAUAAUCUCAAUGUUGAAACCGUAGUAUAAUGAGUUUUUCAGGUCUCAAAUUCUAGAUAAACCAUCAUAGAGAGGAGCAAUUGGGACUUCUGUGGGUAUUCUGACAUCUAAUACAAAUUCAGUGAUCAUCUCAGUAAAUUUACGUUGGCUUACCACAUCUUUAAUUGAUCUGGGCUCCUAUCCUAUUACUUCUACAUAAGCCACCAGUAACAAAUUUUGAUUUUUGAUUCAGAACUAAAACGGUUCUCUAAAGACUUAGGUCGUAUGUCCUUACAUUCUGUAAGUUGUUUUUUUUUUAGUCUCAAGAGCAGCGGAUUAUUCCCUCCUACCUUUGUUUUUCCUCCUCUUUGCAGUUGAUUUUCCUCCUCACAAAUAUAGACGUGUAUCUUUCCCACACUUCUGUGACCUCAAAAAGCAUUUAUUAGGAGCUUUACUUUGAUAGUUAUUUCUUUUACGAUCUUCUAGAUUUGUUCACAAUGCUGAUGGUUUCUGAUUUUUAAAUUGUAAUUCAGAUCCCACUUCCACUUAAGUUGGAACAAGAGGAAACCCUCCGAUCUAAAAAAAAAAAGAAGAAUUUAUAACGCUAUUUUUGAUAGUAAGCAUGGUUGACACACACUUGUUUCAUAUUAUUAAGAGUUUUGAAAUUUUUUUUUUGAACAUCACAACUUGUUAAUGGUGAUGUUGUGUUUAUAAGUUAUUUCCUAAAAUAGCUGUAAGAUUUGGGAAUAUUUCAAGUGUUCUUAUUCAAGGAUGAAUCUUAAAAACUCUUGGACCUCACGACCUUCAUUUUCCAACAUGUCACUGAUGUCCUCAUCGCAGUGGUGUAGUAUAUUUUUAUGUUAUCCUACAGGAAGGAAAUUCCCUUUUGUCUAAGCAUGGAUGAGAAUCAGUCUUGCAUUUACAGUUUUACUUGUGCGAUACUUGGAAGGAUUUUCCAUAGACCAGACUAUGUCUUUGUACAUUUCAAAUUUUUCCCCCUACCCCCCCUUUCCUACUUGCUUCUGGUUCUGGGUUCCAUAGUAUCCAGUCUUAUCAUGAUAUGACUUCUGGUCUUGCACCUUUAUGUUAUGAUACAAGGUAAGUCUGUACCAUGGCAGUUAAGAAUAUUCCUGGAAGCCAUACUUAUGCCCGGAAGGCUAGAAAGAAUAUUUUUAUACCUAAACAUAUAAGAGAAAACUACAUAUAUUCAUGCCACUUAACUAAGUUGAAAAUGCCACCUCAACUUUCCCUUCAGAAGAUUAAAAAAAAAAUGUUGGCCACCCCUCCAAUGACAUCGACACACGUGGAAGGAAAUGUGAUGUGAUGGAAAGCAGAUCAGAACAGAAAGAGACAGCAUUGAUUAGUUAUAUCUUAGGUUUACAAAUUUGCAAAAACAUACAGCUAUGAAGACACACUGCCUCGGUUCAUCCAAAAAUGCCUUAGAAGGGACCCAGGCCAGAAAGGAGUUUGAAGCUUCAGUUUCACCAGCUUCGAAGAAGAUCCACCUCUGGACACAUUCCUGUGCUUUUCAGAGAACUGCAGGGCAGUGAGACUCCAGACAGAGCCCAUCCUGGCAGCCUCCCUGAGUUGAAAAGGAGCCUAGGGGCCAGAGAAACAAAGGCUGCUGGAAUUUGCAGGAGAAGAAAGAAGAAUGCUGCUAUUAAGUUUUUAAUAUCCACAUUCCUACAUGCCUCAAGCGUUCUACUAGGUGAUGUAAAUCCAAAGAUAGAAAAGAAAUGAUCUCUGCUACUUACACAGGAUGUUUGGACAGAGGCAAAACACAGAGAGAUCAAUGAUGCAGAAGCCAAAAAAGCAUCCCUAUCAUUGCCAACACAAGUGGGCAUGCAAAGAUUACCCUAAAUGUCCCAAGUGGCAUCGCACUGUUCUGAGACUGAGCAGCAUUGUGCUGGUUAUACUCACUGCCACAGUGACUGGACUAACUAUUUGGGUAAGUCACCUAAGUAGCGAGCAUGGAAUCAAAGACUGUGAUUGUAUGAAUAUUUCUCCCAGGAAACAGCAGGACAAUACAAACUUCACAACAAAACCGAGGCUAAACUUAUGCCCUAAUAACUGGCUGCAGAAAAAAGGGAAAUGCUAUAAUUUUUUAAAAAGCUUUAAAUCAUGGACCGAUAGUCAAAAAUCCUGUUUAAUAAUGAAAUCGCAUCUCUUGAUGAUCCAAGACAAGGCUGAACUGGAUUUCAUACAGAGUAAUAUACAAGAUGGAAUUUACUUUUGGAUUGGAUUGAACAUCACACACCCACAAAAGACAUGGACCUGGCUGGAUGGCACCCCUUUAAAUCCACAGUUGGUCCAGGCUGAAGAGGCAGCAGCUACUCCAGAAGCUCUUCUCACGAAGAUGUCAGAGGUGCAAGAGACUAAGCCCAUCAACUCAGCAUAUUUCAAGUCUCUGGUUGACCUCAAAGUCAGGGAGUGGGGAAGUACGCUUUACAACUAGUAACAGGAAUUGCAGAGCAAUAUAUAUAUCUGCAAGGAGUGAAUCAAGGGCCAGUCGUCACAAGCCACAACUUGUUGUGGUCCUUCUUGAGGACUUCCGGUCAAAUUUUGCCAUUGUCUUUUUAAAAUUUAUUUAUUUUUGGGAUCAAUCUCUUAGAUCUUACUUGUUUUGUUUUGCUUUUUAAAUUAAGAACUUUAUCUAAGACUGCUGCUUUCUGCCUUUUCUUUUCCCUUAUGGGCAGUAACAUCGUUAUAUAAGUCAGGUUGAUCUUUUUUUUCAAAAUGAGUUCCACAUAAACUUUUCUUAUUUCUCCUGUGUAUUUUCACUUUCCUUUUUUCUUCACUCUUCUAUUAUGUUCGCUUCUUGAUGAUUCUGCUAUGUUUUCAAAAAGACAUAUUGCAGAUACAGUAGCCUAACUUUGCGAGGAUAAAGUUGUAUAGCAAUACAAAAUUGAUACACACCAGUAGUCAUGAUUUUACAGAUGAAAGGCUGUGUUUCAACCACUGUGUUUUGUAAAUGAGGAAAAUGAAUCAAGCAUAAAUGAAUAAAUUAUUCAAGGUACUCAGCUGAUUAGUAAAGGCUUCUGAUUCUCUGUUUGCCAAUUCAUUUUCUCUCCAACAUCUUUGUCCAACUUCGUAGAUAAAUUUGCUUUGGGAUUUGAAAGCCUGUUCUCAACUUUCACAAGAUAUUCAAACCAGAGACUGAGGACUAAUAUUCAAAUUGUUUAAUCUUUUUACCCACAAAUAAUAUUGGUCACAAUUAUACAUAAAAAUCUCUCUAAUUUGUAUAUUUCUUUCCCACCCCAAUUUUAAUAAAUAUUUUAGUCCCUUAUUAUCUCUCAACCAGACAUUUAUGACAACCUCUAACUAAUUACUUCUCCUCCAGGCCAAUCUCUUCCUUCUCUUUCAAUCCAACGUUCACAUUACUGUCAAAAUCUUUUUUUUUCUAGAUCACAAAUCUAUUCAUCAGUUUUAUCACUUAAUUUUUGUCAAUUCUUCUCUAUCAUCUCCAAAAUGGAAAUUAAGCGCUUUAGAAUGACCCUUAGCAAUUCAAAUGUCAAAUUACAUUAUUCAGGUCAUCGUUCUUCCUUCUCUUCUGUACUGGACUUUGCAUCAUUUUCCAAACACAUUCUUUCACUCUGUUGCCUUCACUCAGGCUCUUACGUUUACCUGAUGUGCCCUGCUCCACUUGUCUACUCUGCUUAAGAUUUGCCUCUGUUGAAACCAAAUUUAUAAUAAAAAAAAACCUACUCUUAAAUCUUUUGGCAGAGUUAGUAAACUUCCCCAUGAAUCUUAUGCUGCCAUUUUGGGUUCUAGAUAACUGUAUUAUAGAACUUUGUUAUAUUAAAUUAUAUUUAUUUGUUCAUAUCUAUCUUUUCUAAGGGACUAUAAGCUCCAAGAUGGAAGGGAAUCUAUUUAUUCAUCUUUGUAUUACCACACAGUGAUUGACCCCCCAAAAAAGUGCUAAAACCAGUGUCUAUUGGAUGAAUAAAUAAAUGUUCUAGAUCCUUCUUACAGAGUCUAAUUCAGCAUAGUUGGACUCAUCUACACUUUCUAAAAACAAAUUUCUUUUCACUAAUUACAAAACAAGCAUUUGUUCCUCUCCCUGUUGGUUUCUGGCUUUAUUUCCUAGCCACUUUCCCCGAGCCGCUUAGCUCAGCUAAGUGGCUGACAAUAUUUCCUCAGGAGCCAAAAUAAUAUGACUCUCAUUAAAAACAAUUGAAAUCAAACUAACAUGAUUUUUCUUUUCCCUCUCUUGCCUGUAGUUUCUCACAUGGACACCUGCGUCCUCCAUUAAUCUGUUGCUUGCUGCCCUCUCCCAAGUUGUAUUUCUUUACAAAGAGUCAGAAAAUCAUCUUUUGUUAAAUGAUAACUAGAAAUACUUAAUAAUUGGCAGAUCACAAGCUUAAUUAUAUCACUGAAUUAUCCCACAACAUCCAUCUGAUUAUAUGCAUUUUGAAAUUCUCCCUUAUUUUUUUCUUUUACUUUGAAACUCUUUGCUAAAUAGUCUCUAAGCUCACUCGUUCAACUCAGACUUUCGAUAAUGAUCACUCUAACAGAAAACAGAGGAAAAUUCUCUAAAAGAAUUUUUCUUUCAAGUUCUUUCCUUGCCUUGGGGAACCCCAUACUCAGAAAUUUUCUAUAUAGUCCUUCCAGCUCUGUUUACAUUAUAUCUAGUUCAUUCAUAUCCUUGUAGGUAUUCAAUACUUACUAGGGACGUUUCAGAGCCCUGACUCUACAAAGGCAAGAUGACUAACCCUGGGAAACUAUGUUAGCUCCCCAGGUUAACUCCACAUAUUCCCUGUCCUUUGUAGGAGCUGGACCUGAAGCAACAAUAAGACAUAACCCAUGUUUUCAGCCUACAAGGGAUUGGAAGGGGUUGAGAUCAUAACUAGCAGAGCCUGAGAAACUUCAAACCUAAUCAUGGGUCUGUGUCUAUGAGGAAAAAAAACAAAAACAAAAACAUAGUCACCGAAUUAAAACAACAACAACAACAACAACAAAAACAAAGCAAAUGCAUGGGUGAGAAAUGGGGAGACAUAUGGAACUGGCCAAACUGGAAGUACCACGCAAGGCUAAAGCAUAAACCUUAAAUCUUUUCCAUCCUUUUGGGAAUGUCAUUCUCCCUUCUAUUUAUUCACAUUCUAAUCUGCCUUCAAAAUAGUUAUUCCUUCUCAGAGUGUUGAUAGAACUUGUUUGGAACUCUUCAUCUGUACAUUUAUUACUAGUUAUAUUUUUAUAUGAGUAGCCUCCUUUCUUUUAUGAAAUAAAUAUUGUUUUAAAGCACCAACAGGCUAAAUCUUUCAGGAUAAAGUAUUUUAUUACAAGUCAAAGGAAAAGAAAGACCAGAGUUCCUCAAAUUCUUGUUCAUUGCCUUCUUCCUCUUACAAUUAACCAUAAAUGUACUAGUUGCUGAAGAUGAGAAUUAUAUUAUAAAAUAUUAGAGGAGGUACUUUUACCACUUCAAUUACAUCACUUUUCAUAUUUUCAAAAAAAACCAUGCUUUUGCUCACCAUGCCCAAUCACUGCUAUUUGAGAUUUCUUUUUGUUCAUGGGAAAAAAAUCAAUGCCAUUUAUUUUAAUAUUUCUAAUUUAUGAGAUUAAUUUCUUAAUUCUACACAGGAAUUAAAUUCAUUAGUGCUGAAUAUAGAAACUCUAGUCAAGACCAAACAUUUUUUUGAGUCCACACCUCUUAAUACUGUACUAGGUGAUGUCAUUUUUUUAAAAGGCAAAAGGUACUACACUGAAAUAUACAUUAUAAAGUAAGUUCUUGAGCUUCAAGGGACUUAUGAACAUCGCAAAAAUCCGGGAUUGUGAGUGUGUAUGUGUAUGUGUGUGUCUGUUUUUAUACUUUUCUGUGCCAUCCUUUUACCAGACCCUUACAGAAUGUCAUGGGAGAGAUCUUUGUCAGUUGUCGGUAACCUUAGCACCUGAACUUAUCUCAUCAGUCAUCCCUACGUGCCUUUAUUUUUAAAUUUGUCUUUCUGUUUACCUCUUUAAUGUCAUACUAAGGUCCUGUAUUCCACUUUGUUCCCAUUAAGACACAUCCCAUCAAAUAUUUAUGCUAGGAGACAGAUAAAUGUAGGAUAACUUCCAGGCAUUUGACUUGGAUAACCGGAAGGAUAUGGGGCAGUGGAUGUUUCUUUGUCAUUAUUUCCGAUGUACAGCAACUGAGCCACUUUCCUUUGCUGAGACUGUUCUUUGCCACAUGAGUCCCGAUGGCAGGCAAAACCUUCUCCACUGUAGAAGCUAAAGAAGCUUUUCACUUUCCCAGCCUCCCCUGGAACUGAGGAUGCUGAGGGGCAUGUGGGCUAUACCCAGUUAGAUGCACCCUAGUCAGAUCUUGAGUAGGGAGCUAUUUAUGCUCAGAAGCAUUGGAAAUGGGGAAGUCGGUCUGGGGUGGGGGUGGAAUAAGAACAUCAUAAAUAUUUAGAUUGCAGUGUAUUCAUGGAGUCAAAACUGUUUUCCAUUGGUGCUAGCAGUUUCUUCUUGCUGCAGCUAUGAUCAGAAAUACAGAAUGAACAUAUUUAGUUGAAUAAUAGAACUAGUUCAUUUUGGGGCACAUUGAUAUUAAAGUUCCUCUGAACAUCUAGGUAAAGAUGUCUAGUAGGCAUUGGUAUACAAAAUUCCAGAUUUUAGGGAAGAGAUAUAAUUAAAGCUAAAGGUUUGAAAUUGUCAGUAUGUAUGAGCCAAUAGAAAGCAUAGUUGAUUUUUGAAAAACGUUGCAACUG